AUGGCUGGGAAAAUCUUUACAAUAUGUCCACCGGUCAAACGAUGGUUUAUAAGGACUCUACACAAAAUCCAUGAAGGUUCCUCAGUGAGUGGAACUGACUCGUUUGAGUCGUUCCUCAGGGUGAAAAACUGGAAACUGAUUCUAGAAGAAUGGUUACUGGAUGCAGGCUUCUACCCUGAAGAGAAUUGUAGAGCCCCCGACGCAGUUGUCUGGUCAGCAGACGACAAAACCAAACACCGCCUGCUGGACUUCAUGAAGAAGGGUCGCCCUCUGGUUCUCAAAUUUGGAAGCUGUAGCUGACCUCCCUUUAUGGCCAAACUUGCCAAGUUCAACGACAUUGUUCAAAAGUAUGGACAUAUCGCUGACUUUCUUCUUAUAUACAUACAAGAGGCCCACCCAACAGACGGUUGGACUUUCAAUAAUAAUAAGUACCAAAUUGGAACCGCCCAAAGUAUGGACGACCGAGUAGAGGCGGCCAUGAUGCUAAGUGACAAGAAUAUAAGAUGCCCCCUAAUUCUAGACUUGCAAUGGGAAGCUCACCCAACAGACGGGUGGCAUUUCAAGAACAACGCUUAUUACAUUGAAUCAGCUAAGAACAUGACCGACCGGGCCGAGGCGGCAAAGUUCUUGCGAGAUGAGAAUGUGAGAUGUCCUUUGGUUCUGGAUGAUGUAACAGACGAGGCUGUUACCGCAUACUGCAGUCUUCCUGAAAGGCUAUAUAUCGUGUUGGAUGGCGUGAUUGUGCUUGUUGGAGGAAUAGGCCCAGAGGAAUAUGACCUUCAACCAGUGGAGGAGUGGUUGGUCGCCUACAGUGGACAGGGGUAGACAUCUGCCAAAUAUGC